UCCUUAGUGGAGACACCGUACUUCUCCUGCAUCCUUGCGAUCUCUUCCUCCUUCUGAUCCAACUUUUUGCUCAUCUUGGCUUGCUGGUAAUACAGCACGAUGAGGUAACGAUUUGCGACAAGCCGGAGAGGUGGUCGAUCGCGGUCUUGGCGUCGUAGAUGUCUUCAUAAACAACAAAGGCCGUACCGCGAGUGUCCUUGUUCGUACCGAUUUGGAUUUGGCGUAUGGCUCCGUAAUUGCCGAAUAUGUCGUAUAUCUCCUCGCUCGAGAUGUUGAACGGAAGAUUCCUGACUUACAGAACCCGAUUCAUCUCCGGUGGAAGCCGGGUAAUCCCCUUUCGGAGACUGGUUGUAGUCAUUGGGGAAUUUAAAGAAUUUAUCAGUUUGUAACAAAAUUUGAAAUCAGCUGAAAUGUAUUAGAUAAAGUGUUUUUUGGCUCUCCUUUUCUCUUACUUGUUUAACACUCGUAUAGUCAAGGGACUAAUUGUGUGGAAAGGGACCCUUGAUUCGGAUUAUGCGUAAACUCGUAGCAAAAGCAAAAGAAAACAAAGACGUAAAGCUUUGAGUCAGUAUCUGGCCAUGGGAGCAAUCUCACUCUCUAUCGAAUCUCAAUACCGCACGCUUGGUAUCUCUUUCUCCUAGUGGCGGUUGUUCUUCAGUACCCACCUCAGGAAUUGUUUUCCUUCUCCUGAAGCUUCAAUCUUUUUAUCCUUUUUGAGCUCUUUUCUCAUCUGGGCACUGGUCAAAUAUGGAAUUGGGGCUCGUUUGGUUGCUUAGAGCGGCUUGGAUUGCCGGCACGUUGCCUAUACUCAUUGCUUCGAUACCUAGUUCAAGCCUUUCUUCGGUUCAUGGACUUGUAUUGAAUUUCGCUAAGAGAGGAAAGAUUAUGAAUUCUUCUUCGAAAAGAUUCACACUUCCACAAAAAUACUUCGGUCAUUUCUAUGCGGUAGCUUCGGUGUGGACAACAUUUCUGCUUGUUACAACUUGGAUGUACGCAUACAAAACAGUGCCAAUAGUUUCAAAGCCGUUUCAUUAUUCUACAUUUGUAAGCCAAAUAGCAGGGGGGUCUCAAAUCUUUUCAUGGCUCAAAAGUCAUACAGCUCCAGUGGAGUAUAAAUAUAGUGUUUGGAGAUCUGUGUUUCUGCUUUUGUUGAUGGAAGUUCAAGUCUUGAGACGCCUUUAUGAGACAAUAUACGUGUUCAAUUAUAGCUCCUCAGCUCGGAUGCACAUUUUGGGUUAUUUGACUGGCCUCUUUUUCUACACAGCAGGGCCACUGUCACUUUGUUGCAACUGCAUUCCGGAGGUGUACGAGUUUGUGUUGAAUGGAGUUGCUGAAUUCAUUGUUAAAGGCAAGAACCGCAUGCCAGCCUUGGAAUUUGACUGGUGGGAAUUUGCGAUUCCUCUUGUGAAGCUUGGUUGGCUACAGUGGAUUGGUGCAGCUGUAUUUUUCUGGGGUUGGGUUCAUCAGCUUCGUUGCCAUGCUAUUCUUGGCUCUCUUCGAGAACACAAAGCACAAGCUGAUGAAUAUGUUAUUCCGCACGGUGAUUGGUUCAAAAUCGUGUCAUCUCCUCACUAUCUGGCUGAGAUUGUUUUAUACUUCGGUGUUCUGAUUGCUAGUGGAGGAAGGGACCUUACAAUCUGGUUACUAUUCAUAUUUGUGGUGGCAAAUUUAGUGUUUGCAGCAGCAGAAACCCAUAGAUGGUACCUUCGAAAAUUCGAGAACUACCCCAGAAGUCGGCUUGCUAUUAUUCCAUUUCUUUACUAAUAGUAGAGGUGGACACUUUUGUGCAUUUAUCUUUUAAGUUAGUGUCUUUAAUUUAGUAACUUUAUGGGCUGUUCCUAAAUCUUUGAACAGAUUCUAAUCUGUUUCACCUUAAAGAAGUCACAAGGAAUAUCACUAUAGAAUCAAUUCAAAUAAGCACGAUAUACUUGAGUCUUUGUGUAGGGGAGAGAUGUUUUGCUUUCUCCUAUUGGGAGGAGCAACUAAUAAUAAAGUGAAAAAGGUUUCUUCA